CUUUAAACGUUUAUUAUGAACUUACAGUCUUAUUGUUUGUUUCAGAGAAAAGAAUAUGUGAGAUACGCGAAAGUGUUUCCAUUGACGGAAACAUUAGACUUCAAAUUACCAUCGAAAUGGUAUCGAAGGGCGGUUGGUGGCCUCGAAAUAUUAUUUGGAUUAGCUUUAGCAGCUAUACCUAGUCAUAAAAUCAAGAACACGGCUAACAUUGGCCUUGUUCUGUUAAUGAUAUUAGCAGCAUAUUCACAUGUCAUGGUGGGUGAUCCCUUCGACCGCUGUGCUCCAGCGCUGGUUUUCUUCUUCAUGCUUAGCGGAAGACUUGUUGUUUGGUAUCAAAUUAGUCGCCGAGAAGAAAUGGAGAGAGCCGCCGCUACACAGAAUGGGAAUGGGCUCAAGAGAGAAUAGUAAAGUCUUAGAUUAAGAAAUUAUGUACGUUUAUAAGUUACCUAAUAGCAUUCUUACAAAAUGCUAUUGAAUAUUACCUAUUUAUUAGUCAUAUUUUUACCGUAGCACAUAAAAACGAAACUACUUAAAAAUAUGACUGAGUUCUCUAUGUCUUAGCGUAGUAGGAGAUGUUAAUUUCUUUUACUGAUUAACUUAGAAAUACAAAAAUAUUGCUCGGUGGGUAAUUAAUUAAUCACACUGUGAUGAUGCUAGUCAAAAGUUGCGAAAUAUGGAUUUUGUUACAUUACUCAGCUUGUUAGUAUAAACCCUGAUAGUGCAUACUCGUAUUGUUACAACGUGUCAACCACCUGGUUAAUUGAAAUAGGACAUUCAAGUGAAUUUCUAAUUCUCCAGGUGAGUGCACUUCAUGAGAGUAAUUUGUACCUAAAAGUGAUAUUAAUUUAAGCGAUAUGUGCUAGGUUCAUUUUGUAUGUGUGAGUGAUGUGUAUGUGUGUCAUAUUUAUAGAUCCAUAAUAAUAACUGCCAACGCGUAUUGAUAGGUUUAACAAAUAUUCACCUACUGCACUUUUACAAGGUAAAAAUUAAAACAGCACAUUUUAAUGUUCUAUAUAUUAUGAUUUGCUCAAUACUUCUCAUUUAAUAAUGUAAAAGCUUUUUAAUAGUGUUUUUCUUCAAUAAUUUAUUUAUUUCGUAAACAAACAAAGCUUCUUAGCUAUGUUAUAUAAAAAAGCGACAUUAAUGCAAGGAUUUUAUCUUACUGUACGUUAUGUGGUGUGUGAUGUGUAAACAAGUGAAGUUAUGGUCAAUGAAUAAAUGGAAAAUAUUA